AAUGAUGAUAUUUACAUAGUAAUGAUAACAGCGUUCUCCAUCUAUGAAGUCCUGCUGUGAAGAAUUAAUUUUAUGUUUGAUAUGACAUGCUCUCAAGGAAAUGCUUGACGAAAGAAUUAAAAAAUAUUCUAAAAGGGAGCUUUUUCUCUUGAGGAAGAAAGAGUUUUGUUUGGGGAUUUUGAAAAAGAUCAGGUGGCUCAGUGAAUUAGCUAUGGAGACCAAAGGAUACCACAGUCUCCGUGAAGGCCUAGAUAUGGAACGACGGUGGGGUCAAGUUUCCCAGGCCGCGGAGCAUUCUUCCCUGGGCCCUCGAGAGAGGACCGAUGAGAAUAACUGCAUGGAGAUCGUCAACGCAAGCUGUGUUUCCGGUGCUAUUUCAAACAACAGUACUCAAGGAAGCAGCAAAGAAAAACACGAACUCCUCCCUUGCCUUCAGCAAGACAAUAGUCCGUCUGGGAUUUUAACCUCCGAUAUUAAAACCGAGCUGGAAUCUAAGGAACUUUCCGCGACUGUAGCUGAGUCCAUGGGUUUAUACAUGGAUUCCGUAAGAGAUGCUGACUACGCCUAUGAUCAGCAGAAUCAACAACGAAGCAUGAGUCCAGCAAAGAUUUAUCAGAAUGUUGAACAGCUGGUGAGAUUUUACAAAGAAAAUGGCCAUCAUCCUUCCACUCUAAGUGGUGUGAGCAGGCCCUUGAGAUCGUUUAUGCCAGACUCUGGGAGCUCCAUGAAUGGUGGGGUCAUGCGUGCUGUUGUUAAAAGCCCUAUCAUGUGUCAUGAGAAGAGCCCAUCUGUUUGCAGCCCUCUGAACAUGACGUCUUCAGUGUGCAGCCCUGCUGGAAUCAACGCUGUGUCCUCUACCACAACCAACUUUGGCAAUUUCACAGUGCACAGCCCUAUCACCCAGGGAACACCCUUGGCAUGCUCCCCUAAUGUUGAAAAUCGAGGCUCCAGAUCCCAUAGCCCUGCACAUGCUAGCAAUGUGGGCUCUCCUCUCUCAAGUCCUUUAAGUAGCAUGAAAUCCCCAAUUUCCAGCCCUCCAAGUCACUGCAGUGUAAAAUCUCCAGUCUCAAGUCCUAAUCACAUCGCUCUGCGAUCCUCUGUGUCUAGUCCUGCAAAUAUCAAUAACUCAAGGUGCUCUGUUUCCAGCCCUUCCAACACAAAUAACAGGUCCACACUUUCCAGUCCGUCAGCCAGUACUGUGGGAUCUAUCUGUAGCCCCAUAAACAAUGCCUUCAGCUAUACUGCUUCUGGCACCGCUGUUGGAUCCAGUGCAACCCAGGAUGUGGUUCCUAGUCCAGACACACAUGAGAAAGGUGCUCAAGAAGUUCCUUUUCCUAAGUCUGAGGAGGUAGACAAUGCCAUCUCAAAUGGGGGGACUGGUCAGCUUAAUGUUGUCCAAUACAUAAAACCAGAGCCAGAUGGAGCUUUUAGCAGCUCCUGUCUAGGAGGAAAUAGCAAAAUAAAUUCUGAUUCCCCAUUCUCAGUACCAAUAAAGCAAGAAUCAACCAAGCAUUCGUGUUCAGGUACUUCUUUUAAAGGGAAUCCAACAGUAAACCCAUUUCCAUUUAUGGAUGGCUCCUAUUUUUCCUUUAUGGAUGAUAAAGACUAUUAUUCUCUAUCAGGAAUUUUAGGACCACCUGUGCCGGGCUUUGAUGGUAACUGUGAGGGCAGUGGAUUCCCAAUGGGGAUUAAACAAGAACCAGAUGAUGGGAGCUAUUACCCAGAGACCAGCAUCCCUUCAUCUGCCAUUGUUGGUGUGAAUUCAGGUGGACAGUCCUUUCACUAUAGGAUUGGUGCUCAAGGUACAAUAUCUUUAUCACGAUCUGCUAGAGACCAAUCUUUCCAACACUUGAGUUCGUUUCCUCCUGUCAGUACUUUAGUGGAGUCAUGGAAAGCACACGGUGACUUGUCAUCUAGAAGAAGUGAUGGAUAUCCGGUCCUCGAAUACAUUCCAGAAAAUGUAUCAAGCUCUACUUUACGAAGUGUCUCUACUGGAUCCUCAAGACCUUCCAAAAUAUGUUUGGUGUGUGGGGAUGAGGCUUCAGGAUGUCAUUAUGGGGUAGUAACCUGUGGCAGCUGCAAAGUUUUCUUCAAAAGAGCAGUGGAAGGGCAACACAACUAUUUAUGUGCUGGAAGAAAUGAUUGCAUCAUUGAUAAAAUUAGACGAAAGAAUUGUCCUGCCUGCAGACUUCAGAAAUGUCUUCAAGCUGGAAUGAAUUUAGGAGCUCGAAAGUCAAAGAAGUUGGGAAAGUUAAAAGGGAUUCAUGAGGAUCAGCCCCAGCAGCCACCGCCCCCACCCCCACCGCCCCAGAGCCCCGAGGAGGGGACGACUUACAUCGCCCCUGCAAAGGAGCCCUCUGUCAACACAGCACUGGUUCCCCAGUUCUCCACCAUCUCACGAGCACUCACGCCGUCCCCCAUCAUGGUCCUUGAAAACAUCGAACCUGAAAUUGUGUACGCGGGCUAUGACAGCUCAAAACCGGCUACUGCUGAAAAUCUGCUCUCUACCCUAAACCGCCUGGCAGGCAAACAGAUGAUACAAGUCGUGAAGUGGGCAAAGGUACUUCCAGGAUUUAAAAACUUGCCUCUUGAGGACCAAAUUACGCUAAUCCAGUAUUCUUGGAUGUGUCUAUCAUCAUUUGCCUUGAGCUGGAGAUCAUACAAACAUACGAACAGCCAAUUUCUCUAUUUUGCACCAGAUCUAGUCUUUAAUGAAGAGAAGAUGCAUCAGUCUGCCAUGUAUGAACUAUGCCAGGGGAUGCACCAAAUCAGCCUUCAGUUUGUUCGACUACAGCUUACCUUUGAAGAAUACACCAUAAUGAAAGUUCUGCUGCUACUAAGCACAAUUCCAAAGGAUGGCCUCAAAAGCCAGGCUGCAUUUGAAGAAAUGAGGACAAAUUAUAUCAAAGAACUGAGGAAGAUGGUAACUAAAUGUCCCAACAAUUCUGGGCAGAGCUGGCAGAGGUUCUACCAACUGACCAAGCUUCUGGACUCCAUGCAUGACCUGGUAAGCGACUUGUUGGAAUUUUGCUUCUAUACCUUCCGAGAGUCCCAGGCCCUGAAAGUGGAGUUCCCAGCGAUGCUGGUGGAGAUCAUCAGCGACCAGCUGCCAAAGGUGGAAUCUGGGAACGCCAAGCCCCUGUACUUCCACAGGAAGUGAGGGAAGACAUCUUUGCGGAAGAACUUUGCCUUAAGAUUCCCUGUAUUACUCCACACCCACAAAGGACCCAAGAAAUCAUAUGUGAAACACGUGAUGAUUGAUUCAUACUUGCUCAGCAGUUUCUCAAGUUCAAAAUCAUGUCAAGGGAUUGGAGCCUGGAAAGCAGUUUGACGUGGAUUUGGCAAGACUUGAGCAGUUCGAAGGAUUCGUCCCUCUCCAGCCCGGCGCUUAGAAAAACGUUCUUGUUCCUCUGGAUGAAAAGCCAUAUCUAGUCAAUAACUCCCUGAUUUUGAUAUUUUCACAGACGGAAGUUUUAACUAUGCCAUGUAGUUUCUGGUAUUGUUUGCUUGUUUUAAAAGGGUUGAAAGACUAACGAACUUUUUAAAGCUUACCCUUGGUUUGCACAUAAAACGUAUAGUCAAUACGGGGCAUUAAUAUUCUUUUAUUUAAAAAACACAAAAAAAGAAAAAAUAUAUACAGAUUCCUGUUGUGUAAUGAUGGAACAUGUGGCGUGGAAAACUGGCCCCCGCUACGGGCCAUCCCUGCCCCCCACCCUUCUGCAUCACUGGGGUACACACCUGUUAGUGUCCACUUAUACUAUUUAAUUAGAAUGGAUAAGAUGUUAAAACAAAUGCCUUGGUUUCAAUUUCUAGUAUCUAUUGUGUUGGCUUUACAAAUAAUUUUUUGCAGUCUUUUGCUGUGCUGUACAUUACUGUAUGUAUAAAUCGUGAAGGACCUGAAAUAAGGUAUAAGGAACUUUUGUAAAUGAGAUACAUGCACACACACGUAUACACACACACACACACACACACACAAACUUUAAUGGUUAAUAGGAUGAAUGGGAAAGUAUUUUUGAAAGAAUUCUAUUUUGCUGGAGACUAUUUAAGUACUAUCUUUGUCUAAACAAACAAGGUAAUUUUUUUUUUGUAAAGUGAAAUGUUCUGCAUGCAUAAUGAACCGUUUACAGUGUAUUUAAGAAAGGGAAAGCUGUGCCUUUUUUAGCUUCAUAUCUAAUUUACCAUUUUACAGUCUUGUUGUAAAUAACCACACUUAAACCUCUUUGGUUGUCUUCAAGCCUUUCUACUUUUUCUGUACUUUUGUUUUUUCUUGGUCUCCCGCUUGGGAUGUCUGUGGGACUUGAGCACGUUUUCCGGCUUCUGCUUCAUCCCACUUCCAAUGGGGAACAACACACUGGCGUCUGCAGCUUCUGGAAGGUGUCCCGUGACAGCACUCGCGGAAGGAGUGGCCCGGGAGAGCUGCAGCUUUGGGAAGGCUGCCUCUUUCCCCUUUACCUCGAGAAGCAGAACUCAGCUGAGUGAGACUGGAAGCUGGAUGGUUCAGAGAGCAUUCCAAUCCCAUUUUUUUCUCCUUUUGGGAAAAAAAUUCCAUGCACUCACUCCAUAAAAGAUAAAAUUUUCACUUCUGAUCGUGGAAAGGGGUUCUGCACUCCUGGAACCAGUAAUGGGAACACAGAGAUGAGGGCAUCCUGGGAGCGGCAGGGAGACCGGGAGAGAAUUGGAGGGUUUUUAGAUUUUUAAAAGGUAGGUUUUAAAAGAAAAUUUUAUACAUAAACAGUUUUGGAGGGGAAAAAAACUACAGAUCAUACAAGCAAGACAGUGGCACUAAAAUUUGUAAUUCAUUAAUCUGUUUGGCACUGAUGCAAUUUAUAGCUUUUCUCUUGCCCCAAAUCACAAAGCUAUGUAUCUUUGGGGGAACUAAUGACAUGAUUGCACUAAAUAAGCUACUUUGAAUAGAGGCCAAAUUAACCUUUUAAAAGUGAUGAUAAUCAUCAGGGACUCAGUGAAAUCACAUUACUUUACUUUCCAAAACCUAAAAGCUGUAGCUGGAGAAGCCCAAGUGCGGGAGAAGGCAGCAUUCACCCACAUUUUCCUCCAGGGUUCACCGUGCAGGCAACAUUAACUUGUCAUUCAAGAGACACCUGCCUUAUGCCAGGGGAGACCUGUGGAAGCUGGACUCAGAGGGAGGAGUUUUUCUUACAUAAUUUGCAAUUUCAAGAAUUUAAUUUCUAAGCAGAUCUUUAAAUACAGUCAACUUACAUGCACAGCAAUAUGAAAGCCACACUUUGCAGGUGAUAAAUACACAGCAUGCAGACUGGGAGUUUCUGAAGAAGAAAUGGCUUACAAAAGCAGCUUGUAGUUCAGACUUAUCUUACGGAUUUGGAAUUUCAACUUAGCCAGGUUUGGGUUGGAGAUGGUCUGCAUCAGCUUUUUGUAUUAACAAAGUUACUGGCUCUCCAUGUCUCCAGGUAACUUUGCCUGAUGAAACAGCAAAGCCAUAUUCUAAAUUCCCUGUUGAAUGCCUGUCCCAGUCCAAAUUGUCUGUCUGCUCUUAUUUUUGUACCAUAUUGCUCUUUAAAAAUCUUGGUUUGGUACAAUUCAUAAUUCACCAAAACUUCUUCAUAUAAUUAAAAAAACACUAAAUUAGUUUAAAUUGAAGCAAUUUAUAUCUUUAUGCAAAAACGUAUGUCUGUCUUUGCAAAGGACUGUAAGCAGAUUACAAUAAAUCCUUUACUUUAAUCACCUGUUGUUUUGGAAACAGUUCAUUCAAAUGUCUUUAGGAACACAAGGAUUUGUGCCCUUCCAAAUCUUGAUUAUAUGUGCUUCUGCCUACAUCCAGGAUGGAGUAAACGAGUUUUGUUGUCGUCAGUCACACGUUUGUUCUCCGAUUUGGGGACCUUUUAGGUGCUUUGUUUAUUACUGCUAAUAUCUGGUUCACUAACAUACCCUGUGACAGUGUAAUAACAGUAACAUGUAGCUGCUAAGCACCAUAUCUACAUUGCCUAAUUUUUCUUCACAACCACAUGAAAGCUUGUUAUUCAUCGUACAAAAGAGGAAACUUUGAGACUCACAUUUUGGACCAGAGACACCCAUCUGAUGGCCAAAACACAUGCUUUGCAAAGUCUUGAGCUCUCACCUCCAGGUCUCUUGAUGGCCACGAUGCUUGUCCUGCUCCUUCCUGGCGACUCCCCUUGAUUUCAUUCAUUAAUGUAGAGAGAGCAGUAAGCAAUUACCAACUUAUUUUAAAAGAGAAAACAUUCAUUUCCCACAAGAUAAAUUCAAGUAAAAUGUUCC